CACACCUGCUCACACGCGCAGCACCAAAACCCGAAGCCGCGAGGAAGGAAACACUCACGCGCCCCUAAACCAUACACGCACACGCGCGCACACACAUACACGCUCACGCACUCACUCGGACGCGCGCGCGAUGGCUACAAGCGCAACUGCUGGGAUGGAGGGUGAUGUGCAGCGCGAGCCCGCAGCGCUCCUGGCCUCCCUCAGACUCACCCCGUGCCCCCUCACCAACCCGGAGAUCAAACACACCAAGAUUUUCAUUAAUAACGAAUGGCACGACUCUCUGAGCGGGAAGACCUUCUCCACCUACAACCCGGCUACAGGCGAGAAAAUCUGCGAUGUCCAGGAGGCAGAUAAGGCGGAUGUGGAUAAGGCAGUAAAGGCCGCUCGCUCUGCUUUCUCUCUGAGUUCAGAGUGGAGGAGGAUGGACUCCUCUGACAGAGGGAGGCUGCUCUCUAAACUGGCCGACCUGGUGGAGCGGGAUCGGCUCUACCUUGCUACCCUGGAGUCGCUAGACACCGGGAAACCCUUCCUCUCCUCCUUCUUUGUGGAUCUUCAGGGAACGAUUAAGACGCUGCGAUAUUUUGCCGGAUGGGCCGACAAGAUCCACGGCACGUCUAUUCCAACCGAUGGAGGGUAUUUAUCAUUCACCAGACACGAGCCAAUCGGAGUGUGUGGACAGAUCAUACCGUGGAACUUCCCUCUGAUGAUGAUGGCGUGGAAGCUGGGACCGGCUCUGUGCUGUGGGAACACGGUGGUGAUGAAACCGGCCGAGCAGACCCCCCUCACCUGCCUGUACAUGGGAUCGCUGAUCAAAGAGGCCGGGUUUCCACCAGGAGUGGUCAAUAUUUUGCCAGGCUUCGGGCCAACCGCGGGAGCCGGCAUCGCCUCGCACAUGGGCAUAGACAAAGUGGCUUUCACUGGAUCCACAAAGGUCGGCAAACUGAUCCAAGAAGCAGCUGGAAAGAGCAAUCUGAAGAGAGUCACGUUGGAGCUGGGGGGCAAGAAUCCCAACAUCAUUUUUGCAGACGCUGAUUUGGAUCUGGCAGUAGAGCAGGCCCACCAGGGGGUGUUCUUCAACAGCGGUCAGUGCUGCACGGCAGGUUCUCGCAUUUUCGUGGAAGAGUCGAUCUAUGAUGAGUUUGUGAGCAGGAGUGUGGAGAGAGCGAAGAGGAGGAUAGUGGGAAGUCCGUUUGACCCCACAACCGAACAAGGACCUCAGAUCAGUGCAGAGCAGCAGAGGCGAGUGCUGGAGUUCGUUGAGAGCGGGAUCAGUGAGGGAGCGAAGCUGGAGUGUGGAGGGAAAGCUCACUUCUCUAAAGGCUUCUACAUCCAGCCCACCGUCUUCUCCAACGUGCAGGACCACAUGCGCAUCGCCAGAGAGGAGAUCUUUGGGCCGGUUCAGCAGAUCAUGAAGUUUAAGACGAUGGAGGAAGUCAUUGAGAGAGCCAACAACACCGAGUAUGGCCUGACCGCCGCCGUCUUCACCAACGACAUCAGCAAAGCCAUGGCCAUCUCCACAGCUCUGCAGGCCGGCACCGUUUGGAUAAACUGCUUCAAUGCCCUGAGCUGCCAGUGUCCUUUCGGAGGAUUCAAAAUGUCAGGCAACGGCCGUGAACUGGGCGAGUAUGGCCUGAGGGAGUAUACAGAGGUGAAGACCAUCACAGUGAAGAUGCCAGUGAUCAGCUGUUAAUUUCCCCCCACGCUGGAUCCUAAUGAAAGAAAGACUUCCUCUGGCCAGCCCCCCCGUGGCCGUCUGCAGUGGUCCUGCACCACCCUGUCCACUAAAGCUAACAUCACCAGCCAUCUCCAUCCAGCAGCACCACUGGCCCACCACUCUAUAAUACCAGCCUCCAGCGUCCACUAGUUUUAGGGUCUUCAUCAUCUCCACAUUAACUCCCACCAGUGGCCUCUUUUCUCCAGCUCCAUUAACCACAUUAAAGCACUCGGAGACGGUGAAGGAGGCUUACUCUAUAAACCACUCAGCAUCCCAUCCACUAACUGACCACGCCCCCUCCCUCUAGCUCCGCCCAGCCCGGAGCACGCUCCAUCGCUGGGGUGCAGAAUUUGGCCUUUUGGCUUUUAGCUGGGAGGGAAGGGAGGUGUCGCUCUCAAACCUCAUACGUAACACACCCCCUUACUUUUGUCUCACUGUGUAAAACCCAUCAGCUGUGUUUCGGUUUGUACUAAGACCACUGAAGCUCUCUGUCUCAGAUAAAAAAAGAAGAAAAAAACUAAAGAAAAAGAUGGAUGUGAACUUUUAAUUAAAUAUUAAUUCUAAAAAUGUAAUUGUUUAAUUGUCUUGUGUUUUUGCUCUUUGUUUUUAUGCCGUAUAUAUAACUCUGUAUGUCGAUGUGUUGACCAAUGUAAACAGAAAUGGUUUACCUCAAAAAAAAAAAAAAUACAUGUUAAUAUGAGAAAUGCAUUAUACACAAAUGAUUAGUCAUUGGUGUCCAUUUAUUUUAAUUCUUAAACAAUUAUGUACUAUGAACAUAGAAGGUAAAAUAUAAAAAAAUGACUAUAGUUUUGUUUUCCUUCAUUAAAACAUUUUCAUUUUAAAAA